GAGGCGAUGGCGGCGCCCCUGGCGGACGGCGCGCGGCGGCGGCAGAUCAGCGUGCGCGGGCUGGCGGGGCUGGGCCCGGCCGAGGCGGGCGAGCUGCGGCAGGCCUUCAACCGGCACCUGCACUUCUCGCUGGCCAAGGACCGCAACGUGGCCACGCCGCGCGACUUCUACCUGGCGCUCGCCCACGCGCUGCGCGACCACCUGGUGGGCCGCUGGAUCCGCACGCAGCAGCGCUACUACGAGCGCGACCCCAAGCGCAUCUAUUACCUUUCCCUGGAAUUCUACAUGGGCCGUACCCUGCAAAACACGAUGGUGAACCUGGGCCUUCAGAAUGCAUGCGACGAAGCAAUGUACCAGCUGGGAUUGGACUUGGAAGAACUGGAGGAAAUCGAAGAGGAUGCUGGCCUGGGGAACGGAGGCCUAGGGAGACUGGCAGCCUGCUUCCUUGACUCAAUGGCCACGUUGGGCCUGGCAGCCUACGGUUAUGGAAUUCGCUAUGAGUUUGGGAUUUUCAACCAGAAGAUCGUGAAUGGCUGGCAGGUGGAAGAGGCAGAUGACUGGCUGCGAUAUGGGAACCCCUGGGAGAAGUCCCGGCCCGAGUAUACAAUUCCAGUGCACUUCUAUGGACGAGUGCAGCACACGGCCACUGGCGUGCAGUGGCUGGACACUCAGGUGGUGCUGGCCAUGCCCUAUGACACUCCAGUUCCGGGCUACAAGAACAACACUGUCAACACCAUGAGGCUGUGGUCCGCCAAGGCGCCCAACGACUUUAAGCUCCAGGAUUUCAACGUGGGAGGCUAUGUGGAGGCCGUGCUGGAAAGGAACCUGGCCGAGAACAUCUCCAGAGUCCUGUACCCCAAUGACAAUUUUUUUGAGGGCAAGGAGCUGCGCCUGAAGCAGGAGUACUUCGUGGUGGCUGCCACCCUUCAGGACAUUGUGCGCCGCUUUAAAUCCUCCAAGUUUGGCUGCCGGGACCCAGUGAGAACCGACUUCGAGACAUUUCCGGACAAGGUUGCCAUCCAGCUGAAUGACACCCACCCAGCCCUUGCCAUCCCUGAGCUCAUGCGGAUCCUGGUGGAUGUGGAGAAAGUGGACUGGGACAAGGCUUGGGAAAUCACAAAGAAGACUUGCGCGUACACCAAUCACACGGUGCUGCCGGAGGCCUUGGAGCGCUGGCCGGUGUCCAUGUUCGAGAACCUGCUGCCACGGCACCUGGAGAUCAUCUACGCUCUCAACCAGAAGCACCUGGAUCACGUGGCUGCCCUGUUCCCCGGCGAUGUGGACCGCCUGCGGAGGAUGUCUGUCAUCGAGGAGGGUGAUUGCAAGCGCAUCAACAUGGCCCACCUGUGUGUGAUCGGGUCCCACGCCGUCAACGGCGUGGCCCGGCUCCAUUCAGACAUCGUCAAGCAGUCCGUCUUUAAGGAUUUUCACGAGCUGGAGCCAGAGAAGUUCCAGAACAAGACAAAUGGCAUCACGCCGCGGCGGUGGCUGCUUCUCUGUAAUCCAGGAUUGGCCGACAUCAUCGUGGAGCGAAUUGGGGAGGACUUUCUGACGGACCUGAGCCAGCUGAAGAAACUGCUGCCAUUGGUCAGUGAUGAGGCCUUCGUCAGGGACGUGGCCAAGGUCAAGCAGGAAAACAAGCUGAAGUUCUCUGCCUUCCUGGAGAAGGAGUAUGGGGUGAAAGUCAACCCUGCCUCCAUGUUUGACGUGCACGUCAAGAGGAUCCACGAGUACAAGCGGCAGCUCCUGAACUGCCUGCACAUCAUCACCCUGUACAACCGAAUAAAGAAGGACCCGACCAAGGCCUUUGUGCCCCGGACCGUCAUGAUUGGCGGCAAGGCAGCCCCCGGUUACCACAUGGCCAAAAUGAUCAUCAAGCUGGUCACCUCUAUUGGUGACAUCGUCAACCAUGAUCCUGUUGUGGGUGACCGGCUCAAAGUGAUCUUCCUGGAGAACUACCGAGUGUCACUGGCUGAGAAAGUGAUCCCCGCUGCCGACCUGUCCCAGCAGAUCUCCACGGCGGGCACUGAGGCCUCGGGCACGGGGAACAUGAAGUUCAUGCUCAACGGGGCCCUCACCAUUGGCACGAUGGACGGGGCGAACGUGGAGAUGGCCGAGGAGGCCGGGGUGGAGAACCUUUUCAUCUUCGGCCUGAGGGUGGAGGAAGUCGAAGCGCUGGACCAGAGGGGGUACAAUGCCCGAGAGUACUACGAGCGCCUGCCCGAGCUGAGACAGGCCGUGGACCAAAUUGGCGACGGCUUCUUCUCGCCCAAGGACCCCGGCUGCUUCAAGGACGUGGUCAACAUGCUGCUCCACCAUGACAGGUUCAAGGUGUUCGCGGAUUAUGAAGCAUACAUGCUGUGCCAGGCCCAGGUGGACCAGCUGUACCGGAACCCCACGGAAUGGACCGAGAAGGUCAUUAGAAACAUCGCCUGCUCAGGCAAGUUCUCCAGCGACCGGACCAUCUCCGAGUAUGCCCGGGACAUCUGGGGCGUCGAGCCUUCAGACCAACAGAUUCCAGACCCUGACAUCCUCAGGGACUAGGUGUCCAGUGCAGGCACCAGAAGGCUUAUUCUUGUGUUGGUUCUGCAUGUUUUCAGUUGCCUGGGGUCCCCUUCAGUGCUGUUGUUCUGUGAGCCUGG